UUAGUUGCGGGCCGACCGCUGUGCGCAUCGGAUGUGCUGGUUGCUGCAUCUGCAACCCGCGUUGUGUCGCUAGGUCACUGCAGUUUAUAAAGCUACCGAGUCGCUCGCUUCACGCAGAUAUUUUGAAUUCCGCGGGUGAUGUGAUGUGCUUACAGUCGUUACAGUAUCUAGUGGUUGUGGUGGUGGGUGGUAUAUGAGGGGUCGAUUGGUGACGGCUUGUGUCAGAGCGUCGCUAGACGUCGUCCAUGCAGGUUGUGUUCUGGCAUAAGGAACGAGGAGACCCAACAGCAUUUCGCUUAUUACCGGGUUUUCGAAUAGCGUGUGAUGAGUGAGCUAUGCCAUCACAGCAGUGUCUUAAUACUACAACUUGUGUUUUACCGACGCAUUUAUGAUAGUUAGCUACGAUUCAUAUUGGCCCAGAUUACAAUCUUUUUGGACAGAAUAUGGAAGAUCCCCUGUUAGGUCGAGCCUUAACGCUAAUUUUGUGCGUGACCCUGUGUCACAGCGCGUGGUGUGCCUCGGAGCGUCAGACACCGACCGCUUCGCUACUCCGGUACGAAGCCCCGGAUGACUGUCAGUGGUGGAUCCGGGAAACUUCAAGUUCCGGCGGUGAUGAAGUGGCUCUCACAUGUAAGCUUCGUACUGUCAACAGUGAGUUUGAUACAACCAACUUCAGCGUGAUCCCAUCUGAACAUACGACCUCGCUGAGAAUAGAAUGUAACAACAUACUGAUGUCUCGAAGUUCAUUAGAUGAUCGGAGUUUUGUGCACUUGACUCGUCUUCGCGAGUUGAUCCUAGAUCACUGUAAGCUAGGACGAUGGCCAGCCGGAACUCUUACGGGACUCCGAGAUCUUCGGAACCUAACGGUGCGUACUUGGAACACGGACUGGCCUGCCAUGAGUCUGGAGCUAUCUCCUGAAAGUUUCUCUCCCGUAAGGCAACUUGAGAGACUGGACCUCAGCUACAAUAACAUGUGGUCCUUUCCUGAAAGCCUGUUUUGUAAGCUAACGAACCUUGUCAGUCUAAACAUCAGUCGCAACCGUCUUCAGGAUAUCAGCGAGAUUGGUUUCCGUGAGAAAGCGAUUCCACCUCCUCAGCCGAUGAUCAGUACACAGGACGACGACGAAGACGUUGCUCCUGACGUGUCAUCUCCGGCUUCCUCGCCUUGCAAUUUGGAUAUCCAGGUGCUAGACGCUUCGUGGAAUCAUUUCGUUCUGAUGCCCAGCAACGGAUUUAGCACGUUGCGUAGAUUGCGUGAACUUCGUCUGCAUAACAAUGAAAUAUCCAUGGUGGCAGAUCGCGCCCUAGGAAGUCUCAGAUAUCUGCAAGUAUUUGACUUGUCUAACAACAAAGUAGUGGCUCUCCCACCAGAGCUAUUCCGGGACUCUGCCCCUGUUAUGAAAGAAAUAUAUCUGCAGAAUAAUUCUAUUAGCAUUUUAUCACCAGGCCUGUUCGCGAACUUAGGGCACCUCUUGGCUUUGGAUCUGUCACGCAACCAAUUGACAAGUGCGUGGUUCAACAGUGGUACGUUCUCUGGGCUCAUUCGCCUUGUACUUCUCAAUCUUUCACAUAACCGAAUCUCAAAACUGGAUCCAACAUUUUUUCAUGACCUUUAUACGCUGCAGAUCCUAAACCUGAAACGCAACCAGCUCGAAACCAUUCUGGCGGACACAUUCGCGCCUAUGAAUAACCUACACACACUUAUCUUGUCUUACAAUAAAAUUAGCCGCUUGGAUGCUUACUCACUUAACGGCUUGUAUGUACUGAGUCUCCUGUCUCUAGACAAUAACUUGAUGGAAACCGUCCAUCCAGACGCGUUCAGAAACUGUAGCAGCUUGCAGGACCUUAACCUAAACGGAAAUGCUUUGACCACCGUCCCGUCCGCCCUGAAGGACAUGCGAUUGCUUAGGACAGUGGAUCUGGGUGAGAAUGCAAUUACCGACCUGAUAGAUCCAGGUUUCAAAGGCAUGACUAAUUUGUAUGGGCUACGCUUGAUAGGUAAUCAGAUAACUAAUAUAAGUAAAACUACAUUUUCUGACCUCCCAUCCCUGCAGAUAAUAAAUUUAGCUCGCAAUAGAAUUCAGAAUGUGGACCAUGGUGCAUUUAGUGCGAAUUCAGAUUUGCAGGCUAUUCGUUUGGACGAUAAUUUGUUGACAGACAUCAAUGGCUUGUUUGUUGACAUACCUAGUUUACUCUGGCUUAACAUCUCUGACAACCAGUUAGAAAGGUUUGACUAUGCGCUGGUACCACCAGGCUUACAGUGGUUGGAUUUACACAAAAACUACAUAAAAGAACUGAGAAAUCACAAUGAGUUGGGGUCGGAGCUCAGAAUCCAAACACUGGACGCGAGUUUCAAUAAGUUGACUUGUGUAUCCGCCGUUUCAAUCCCCGACAGCGUGGAGCUGCUAUUCCUGAAUGACAACCUCAUCACUACAGUGGAACAGCAAACGUUUUUGAAGAAAACAAACCUCACUCGUGUGGAUCUGUAUGCAAAUCAGAUAGUCAGCAUGGACCUCAAUGCCCUGAGAUUAACCGCUGUUGACGAGGGUCGCCCAUUGCCUAGCUUCUACAUCGGCGGAAAUCCGUUUCAAUGCGACUGCAUCAUGGAGUGGCUACAGCGGAUAAAUAAGCUGGGACAUCUUCGUCAACACCCACAAGUUAUGGACCUAGACAGCAUUUACUGUAAGCUUAUACACAACCGCUACCACACUUAUAUACCUCUGAUAGAAGCCGAGCCGUCCCAGUUCCUAUGCACCUAUAAAACGCAUUGCUUUGCCUUGUGUCACUGCUGUGACUUCGAUGCUUGUGACUGCGAGAUGACGUGUCCAACCAACUGCACGUGUUAUCACGACCAGACUUGGACGGCCAAUAUCGUCGAGUGCUCUGGUGUAGAAUACACGGAAAUGCCGAGUGGCAUUCCGAUGGAUGCUACCGAGGUCUACUUGGACGGAAACAACUUUGGCGAACUCUCUAGUCACUCUUUUAUUGGGCGGAAAAAUCUGAAAAUCCUGUACGCAAAUAAUUCCAAUAUUGCGGCAAUCUAUAACCACACGUUUAGCGGUCUGAAACGACUGGCAGUUUUGCAUCUGGAGAACAAUCGAAUUGCGGAGUUGCGUGGAUUUGUUCUCGACAGCCUGGCGAGUCUCCGUGAAUUAUACCUGCAAGGUAACCAAAUCCACGUUAUAGACAACCGAACAUUCAUGCAUCUGGAACACCUUGAAGUCUUGCGCCUUGACGGAAAUCGCCUUUCAACUUUUCCAGUGUGGCAGUUCACUUUUAAUCCGUAUCUCGUUGAAAUAGGCCUUGGCGAAAACCAAUGGUCGUGCGAUUGUCAGUUUCUCCACAGAUUUCGUACCUGGUUACAGGGCAAUUUUGUCAAGGUCGUAGAUGCCAAUAAGAUAGUCUGCAUACUUAACAAUAUUUCAAACAUCGUGGGACCGCCGCUUGCAGACUUCAACGCCAGUUCUUGUGCCGCGUUUACUGGUGAUUCUACUUCAGUUGUGCGGAAUCAAUUUCUUAACAGGUAUCUCCCCGUGCUCCUGAUUACGUUGUGUGUAUUUCUAGCCUCUGCCUCUGUGGUUUGUGGGGUGUACUGUUACCGACGGGAUCUUCGCGUUUGGGUAUAUUCUCGGUAUGGGCUACGGAUGUGUUACAAGACGACAGCUUUCGAAGAGGAGCAAGACCGAGACAGGUUGUUCGACGCUUACGUCAGUUACAGUGUUAAGGACGAUGCUUUUGUAAGCCAGGUACUAGCAACGGGUCUCGAGCAAGGUGACCCCGCCUACCGGCUCUGUCUCCAUUACCGUGAUUUUAACAUGAAUGCUUAUGUAGCAGAUACUAUAGUCGAAGCAGUGGAAUCAUCGCGAAGAACCAUAAUAGUACUGUCCAAAAAUUUCCUGCGUUCCGAAUGGUGCCGUUUCGAAUUUAAAUCGGCUCUACAUGAGGUACUUAAAAACAGACGACGUCGCCUAAUUAUUAUCAUAUUAGGGGAGUUACCACAGAGAGACUUAGACCCCGAUCUGAGGUUAUACCUCAAGACAAAUACGUGUAUUGAGUGGGGAGAUAGGCUUUUCUGGCAGAAGCUGAAGUUCGCCAUGCCGGAUGAAAAGAGGGACUCGUGUAGCUCCAAUCGGGGACACCAUCACAACAGGUCGUCGGUGAACGUGUACUCAGCGGCGUCUGCAGGGCUGCCGAGUUUUGACAGGAGUCUAGGUCUGCAAAGGUCCCUGCCCUUGCCACCUCAACGUUCUCCUGGGAAGUUGCUAACGCCGUUCGUGCACAGCCACCAGAACAACCUGCAGAGUGCAGAGCGAGAGCUACCUCGGCGCCUUCCCCAGCCGUUGUGGGCGUAGCGGCUAUUCCGCCGCAGGUAAGCUCUUCUCGCCGACUUAAUCUGUGUUGAAUGUCUGGUAAUGGGAACACUUUUUGUCUUAGGCUUUACAACAGCCAGAACUUUGUCGGAUGUUGUGUUUUAGAAAACUGUAUUUUUAUAUGAAUUUUUGUAGGUAGUGAUUGAAAAAGAAGCAAAAAUAUUGAAUCGUAAACGUUGAUAUUUGUCAGCUGUUCGUCAUAUGGUUGACUAGUUCACUUACCAAGCUUGCUGUUUUGUGCUAGUUACUGGAUUCUGCAUGCGGUUCUAUUAUUUAUCUUAUUUAUCGGAAACGUUGUGUAUGUUUGCCUGAGUGCAUGCGUCCUGCAAUUAUUAUAACUCACUCUGAGAUUUAACCUUGAUGGGAAAUUUUUCUACCGGACUUCAUAUUCUUUUUUCGUCAUUUUGUGAAUUCCUUGGACAGAGGGGGCGCC